AGUUGAAAUGCAUCCCAACACGACGCCGUCGCGCCCUAAUUUUACCCCCAACACUGACCCUAAUAUUUCCCUGUUCCCACUCUCCAACUCCCACUCAAUCCCUAACCCUAAAAAUGGCUUCUGAAAAGCUGGGCAUGGUUCCACCCCAACAAAUGCACAACGGCCUCAACCAGCAUCCUCAGCUGGUUUUUUCCGAAGCUUUCGCUUGUGGGCCACAGCCGCCGCGCCGCCACCCCACCUCCACUGGUGAUCCCUGCACUAAAGCUGCCACCCGAGAGCUCACCGCCAGCUUCCGCGAUCACCACCACUAUUUCUCAACUCCACUCCAGCCCCAGCAGCCGCCGCCGCCGCAAGCAGCCCAGUUUCGCCACCAAUGGAGUGCCAACAGUCGUAGCUCCGGCGGCGAGGCGUCGGAGGAGGAUGACGAGGAAGACGAUAACGGCGACGAUGAUGAUGACGACGAUGAGGAGGAGGAAGAAGAACUAGAGAACAAUUUGGAGAAUAUUGUCACCAUCGCUAAAAUCAGUGACGGUAAUCAGAAGGAAAGAUAUCAUGAUAGCUGUAAUAGUCAGAAAAUGAAACACAUUUCGGCAUUAGGAAUCAAAGAAGGAAAUAUGGCGCAGAGUGGAAAUGACAGCAAUAAUGGCAAUAAUAGUAGUAGGAAUGCCAGCAGCAGCGAAUUGUAUUACACACAGUACUUGAACGGGGCAGAAGGUCCGAGCUCUUCAUCACGACAGAAGGAUAAUUUGGUGAUGGAGAAUGGCUGUGGGUUUAGUGGAAGAAAAGAAGGCUCUUAUCUGUGUGACUCUGGGGAGUCAUUGAGGGCCAUCCUUUCAGAUCCUAUCACUGGUAUGCUUAUGGAAGAUGCAAUGAUAUUGACUUGUGGGCAUUCCUUUGGUAGCGGUGGGAUACAACAAAUUGUUAGAAUGAAAGCUUGCUUCACGUGCUCGCAGCCAGUGUCCGAGGACUCGAUUGCUCCAAAUCUAUCUCUACGCCUAGCUGUCCAGGCAUUCAGGAGAGAAGAAGAGUUGCAAGUUAACCAUUCAUCAAAAAGGAGGAGGGAAAGAUACGACCGGGAUAAGGUGACAUUUGGUGAUUCUAUGCUUUUAGAUCAUCCGAGGGGAAGAGGAGUUCAGUUUCCAUUUGCUGUUACUGAUCGGGUUAUCAUAAAGGGUAACAAGAGAACACCUCAACGUUUUGUCGGGCGUGAGGCUAUUGUUACCACUCAGUGCUUGAAUGGAUGGUACGUAGUUAAGACGUUGGACAAUGCUGAAAGUGUGAAGCUGCAAUAUCGCUCGCUAGCCAAAGUUACAGAUAAUCCACCUACAAAGCAAUCACCAGUCAAGAUGACACCCAACUGGCUGUAGUGAUCUAGUCUGGUAGUAACACUGAUGAUGGAUCAUUGUUGUAAUUUUAUCUGUUCGUAUUUCUGACAGGCGGUUACUGUAUAGAGGUCAUAGAAUGUAAAACCUGCCAAUUUAGUGAUAAUCUCAUGAAAGCUAGGAAUAUGAACAUCUUGUUGUAGUUUUGGGUUUUGGAGUUUGUAAAUAGAGUAAAUAAAGUUUAUUGUCUAGAAAUAUAGUGUUAUGCUUCCUGAAUUCUUCUGACCAGUUCAAACCAAUUCACUUGCACAAGUUGCUCUUUGGUG